UCCACCGCCUUCCGUUUGGCUCGAUGGCCGCCGACAGGAGACUUAGAGGAGGAGGAAGUGCCGGUUUGACAGCUCCCUCUUUCCCUCUCGUAUAAUGAAUGAAACGAGGUUUGAGCCGCCGGCCAUGCACUGAACGAGCGGCGCCACAAUUCCCGCAUAGUCCCCGAACAUGUCAUUUUUUAGGCGAAAAGGUAAAGCCAAAGGGGAAAAAGAAAAACUCCCAGAGUCACAAAUCAACAAAGUCCCAGCCACCAGUCCUGUUGCAACCCCAUCACCAAGCAGGAGCAAUGCACUUCUGGAAGCUGCAGGACCAAGCUAUGUGGCAAUCAAUGCCAUCUCUGCCAACAUGGACUCUUUUGCACGUGGCAGAACAGCAGUUCUCAAUCAACAACCAAUUCAUAUGGAAGCUGCCCAUUUUGGAGACUUAGGUCAUUCUUGCUUGAAUUAUAAAGCUGAAGAGACUAACUCCAGACUCUCAAAGACUCUUGAACAAGUCCUGCAGGACAGCACUGCUCUCCCGUAUAUCAUCCAGUUCAUGGAGAUGCAAGGAGUUGAACAUUUGGUUAAAUUCUGGUUGGAAGCAGAAAGUUUCCGUUCCACAAGCUGGUCUCGCAUCAGAGCCCACAGCCUGAACACAGUAAAGCAUAGCUCUUUAGCAGAACCUGCAUCCCCUGCAAAUAGACGGUGCGAUGUUGAUGUACCGGCAUCACUUGACUCCUCUGUGUCUCCUGAGCUGGAGGCAAAGGGUAAUCCAGUUUCUAGUGGUGAUAAACUUAAUGUUUCAGACUCCACAAGCCUGGGCUGCAUUGGACAAAACAAAAACUCUCCAAAUCACUCAUUAAAUCAGGGUGACAGUGAUUUGAAUCCAUUGCAUGUUGGAGCAUCAAGAGCAAUGACCAUUCAAACAGGGCUGGCAAGUCAAGAAUCCCAAAAACCUGCAUCGAAAGGACAUGCUCUUCAAACAGGAUUGAAAAGCCUAUCAGACAAAUUGAUGAAAAGUAUAGAGCGUGAUGCAGUUAAUAUAUUUACUAAAUACAUUUCACCAGAUGCUUCUAGACCAAUUCCAAUUAUAGAAGCAAUGAGAAAUGAUAUAGUCGCUAAGAUAUGUGGAGAAGAUGGACAAGCAGAUCCCAACUGUUUUGUCUCUGCACAAGCUGUAGUAUAUGUUAUGAUGGAAAACGAGCACUUUACAGAAUUUUUACGGAGUCAUCAUUUUUGUAAAUACCAAAUUGAAGUGUUGACUAGUGGUGUUGUUUACCUGGCUGAUAUUCUUUUCAAUGAGUCAGCACUCUUCUAUUUCUCAGAGUACAUGGAGAAAGAAGAAGCUGUAAAUAUACUGCAGUUUUGGUUGGCUGCAGACAACUUCCAAGCUCAACUGGCUGCUAAAAGUGGGCAAUAUGAUGGUCAAGAAGCACAGAAUGAUGCCAUGAUCUUAUAUGAUAAGUACUUUUCUUUGCAAGCUACACACCCAUUAGGAUUUGAUGAUACAGUCCGCUUAGAAAUAGAAUCAAAUAUCUGCAGAGAAGGAGGACCACUCCCUGACUGUUUCACCACUCCAUUAAGGCAAGCGUGGACAACAAUGGAAAAAGUUUACUUACCUGGUUUCUUGACUAGUAACUUGUAUUACAAGUACUUGAAUGAUCUCAUCCAUUCAGUACGGAAUGAUGAAUUUACUGGAGCCUACACUCCCUUUCUUGGCCAAGGACCAAAUAGCCCUCAUGAACACGAGCCCAGCACAGGCUUAUCUGAUGGUUGUGCAGCACAGCACGGCACCAGAAAGGCCACAGUAAAAAUCCUGAAAAACUUUGAUGAAGCAAUAGUCGUUGAUGCUGCAAGUCUAGAACCAGAAUCUUUGUAUCACAGGACUUUUGCAGGGAAAAUGACAUUUGGGAAGAUAAAUGAACUUGGCCAGUUUAUAAGAGAGUCUGAACCGGAGCCUGAUGUAAAAAAGUCAAAAGGUUCCAUGUUUUCACAGGCCAUGAAAAAAUGGGUACAAGGGAGCACAGAUGAGGCACAGGAAGAGAUGGCAUGGCGGAUUGCCAAGAUGAUAGUCAAUGACGUUGUACAACAAGCACAAAGUGAGCCACCUGUCGCAAAGUCCACAAAGUGGACCAGAAUGUAAAGAAAACAUUUGUAUGUCUCAGCUAUGACUAAAAGAAGAAUUGGUUCCUGUACUCCCCUCAUCAAACAGCUUCACUUCACGUCCAGCUGAAGCCAUCUCCUUUCUGUUAACACAGUCAUGAAAUGACACCGUACACAGUCUGAUACUACUCCGUUGUUUGUAUGAAGAAAACUAUGCAUUCCAGGAUCGCCAGCCUCUAGUUCCCCACACGUUUCAACAACUUUAAUACCAGUCAGGGUACUACGAAGGGUUUUCUUAUGAAGUUGCUGCAAUGAGUUGCAAAUCAAAGGAUUACAAAGCGCUAUUUUCUUUUCUGGGUUCUGGGUGUAUAGUUUUGAGACAAUUUGAAGUGACUAUUAUAAUAGAGCUUUGCUGUGUUCUAAAUGGCACUCCAUUGGUUUGUUGCAGUCUGUUUUAUUGUCAAGCCCUUAGAUACCUUCAGGAUUUUCGUUCAAAAAAUCGGCAGAGUAGAAAAAGCAAACUCCGAUUUUUGUAUUGUAAAGAUUUUUGAAAUCCUCUCAUGUUUCUAGCUGAUAUCUGAUAAAUGGAGAUAUUUACUCAGAUGCUACCUAAUUGUAUUGAGAUUGAGUAUUAUCACAGAAACAGGCAAACAAAGGCUGUGUGUAGGUUUUUGGUACUAUGUACCAUUUCUAUGUUUUUGGAUGCAUAAGUAUUCAUGUACUUAAUCUAAAAUCAUACCUAUUUAAUUGUGUUUGAUUUAAAAUACAUAUAUUGUUGAGAACGGCUUGAAGUGUAUUUUCUGAUUUUUGAGUACAUGGGAGGGAAGAAAUCCUAACCAUUGUGGUCGCUACACUUUCACUUGAAUUGUUGAUCGGUUGGUGAACCUCUUGUGUAGCAUUCUCUCUGACUUGUAAUAGUUUCUAGGAGUACAGUGAAAUACCAGAUCAUCUUAUUUGUAUCAAUAAUUAUAAUAAGCCCAUUGGCCAUUGCUAAUGUUUUUCAUUUCUUUUAUACCUUUUCAAUUGUACUUGAUUACUUUAAACAAGUCCACCUCCAUGUCAUGCUCACUCCGUUUACACAUUUAGUCAGUCUCUUUGGUCCUCCCAUAGUCUUAAAUUAAAUGAUAUUGUUGUAAUCUGCCUUUGUCAUCUUGAAUAAGUUACAGUAUAGGUCAGUAGCAGCAAAAUUCCAAUGGAUUAAUCAGUUCAUAAACUCAAUAUCUCGUCAGAUCUUGAACUGAGCUUCAAACCCCAUGUUUCAUUGUUCUAGACUUAUUUUGACGACAGCACCAUCCAGCUUUGCACUCGUUUCGCUUUUCUGUUGAAAUUAUCAUUUGUGCAAUUACUGUCAGAUUUGACCCCUCAAUAUUUUCCUGCCAAACCUACUCGAGCUUGCACUUCCCUAGCUAAAGGAAGAAAAUCAAGAUUACCUCUCCAGUGCAAAUAUCAACAAAUAUCAGUGCCAGCACCUACAGUCUAUUGUCAAACUCCUCCAUCUUUCUAAAACUUUCCCUUGGUUUUAAAACUCCAGAAGUGCUGCUUUUACAAUUCCUUCAGUUAAUUUUACAGGGCGAUAGAAAUAGGAGCAGGAGCAGGAGUAGGCUUGCCAUUCAAUAAAAUCAUGGCUGAUUUGAUUUUGGCCUUAACUUUCUUGCCUGACCCACCCACCCACUCUUGACUCCCUUGACAAUCUAAAAUCUGGCUGACUCAACCUUGACUUGCAAGCUAUGAACCAACCUCCACUGCUUGUUGAGAAAGAAAAUCACUCAUUAGCCCUCUGUGGUACCUUUAGCAGUGUAAACAACACACGCACUAUAUAGGUCAUUGUAUUUCAUCACUGUGGAAAGAUCUUGAAGUCUUUCCCAUUAACCAUAGCACCUGUUCUCGAUAGAAUCACUGACAAAUGCAUAAGUUUUACAGCCUUUUUAGUUCUGCUCAUGUAAAUUGGGUUUAACUUUGUAGAAGAUUGAUUAACAAUUAAUCAAUACCAAUUACAUUCCAUUAAGGCAAGUGUGGCCUUGAAAAAGGAUCUUAGAUACUUUUUGUAAUCUGUUUAAUUUAUAUAUAUGAAUCAGGUCUAACUGAAAUUUUUAAAAACUGACUACCAAUCAAAUAUUGAAUAAAAUAUUCAACCACUUUAAACCAAAAAUUUAAUGAGGCUGCAGCAUUUUUGCUUUGCUGUUUCCUUUCUCCCAUGCUGGAAGGGGGAGUGAAAUGCAGAGGAAAUUACUCAUCUAAACUUAGAAAUCAAAAUCUCAUUGACUCCCAACAUUGUAAAUCUUGGACUCUUGGUGCUUUUCGUAAGAACCUAAUAAACAAUUAUGCAUACGAAGCAGGAGUAAUACUACAGAGUGAAGCAACUGUGGAAAAAGUCAGCAUAUGAAAGCAAAGACAGAGACGUACAGAUCUAGAGAGUGGGAGGAUCAGAAAGUUACAGAAGAGGCACACAACGCUUUUGUCUCCAGUGUUGUGGGAAUUCAGUAUUUGUUCUUGUUCCUUCACAAACCAUUCUUUCUAGCUACAUUAAUGACCUUUUGUUCACCCCCCCAGCCAAUGAACAGUUUCCAGUUGUUGCUAAAGUCCUAUUGGAAACACGUUCUGAAUGAUCUUAUACUAGUUUCGCUAUUAAAUGAGCACUACUCUACUCUUCUGUGUUGUAUACAUUCCAAUAAUGCUUUG